AGCACCAAUACCAAAACGAGCAAGUAUAGCUUCUGCUUCACCAGGAACACCAUCAAAGAAUCGUUCAAAUCGACGAAAAGAUGAAGAGGAUGAAAAUCUGCGUAUGUAA